CCCGCCCAGCGGCACAGCGCCAGUGGACGGGAGACGUGGCCCUUUUCACACAAUGGAGCUGGACUCGGAGCAUGUGCAGAGGGUGCCGGGGGCGGAGCCAGCAGCGGUCCCGCCCCCCCAGGUCAAACUGAAGGACAGGCAGAAGUUCUUUGAGGAGGCCUUCCAGCAAGACAUGGAGCAGUACCUGUCCACCGGCUACCUGCAGAUCGCUGAGCGGAGAGAGCCGAUAGGCAGCAUGUCGUCCAUGGAGGUGAACGUGGACAUGCUGGAGCAGAUGGAUCUGAUGGACAUGUCCGACCACGAGGCCCUGGACGUCUUUCUACACUCUGGGGGAGAGGAUAACAGCGCUGCUUCGCCUGUCAUGGGUCCUGACGUGGAGUCCUUCACCACAGAGAUCAGCCUUCAGGUGCCCACCCAGGCCGAGCUCCGCCACAAGCUCUCCUCCCUCUCCUCCACCUGCACCGACUCUGCCAGCCAAGACACGGAGGCCUGGGAGGAGGAGGACAACGAGGAAGAGGAGGAUGAGGCGGCCGAGGGGGGAGGUGGGGUCAGAGGAGGAAGGAGAAGGAGAACCCCGGUGGUGGGAACCCUGGACAAAGAGGAGGUGCACCUGGACACGGCACUCGUGGAUGGAGUGGAUCGAGAGGAGCAGACCAGGAAGGACUCUGAGCAGGCCCGGUCAUAAGGUUGGAGGAGAGACAAGUUUGGACGCAAACAGCGUAUGCACCCGCGCAUACACACACAUUCAAACACACAGCUUCCUGUUAUAACACCUACGGCAUAUUGGACUCCCAUAUUCCGCUUAUGUUUCAUAAGAACAUGUCAGAGGUAGUGAUGUGAAGAUGGCCCAUAUGUAAAAACACUGACUUGGGUUUUAGCUCCAACCGGUCUUACAGGAUGUUAGUGGUCAUGCAUUUACAUGGAUGUUAAUAUCCCAAUUUGUGCGUGAACACACCAUACCCUGUUUAGCCAAGCCAGAAUAAACUGAUAUCAUCCAGAUGUUUAUUUGGAGCCCAAACACAUUGGGUUACAUCGAUAUUACAAGCUACAGAUGCGUCCAUGUACUGGUAACCAGGAGUAUUGUAUCACUGAAGAUGUAUAAAAUUGUACUAAAAUGGAGAGUGUACUAACAUCCAAAGUAUUCUGGGCGUGUAAACUCUUUAAGAAACUCCGAAGCUGGUGUAAAGUUGAUCUUUGUGGUAGAACGCUUUUUGGAAAGCUGGUUUCAGUCCCAUUUGGCUGUCAUCUGUACUAACCACAUAAGACUUGUAAUCGUCACGAACUGGAUUUUAAAAUCGAACUGGUGUCAAGCUAACGGCAACAAUCUCACAUAUACACAUAACAAACACUUCCCAGAUUUUACCCUUCUCCACCCUCUCAACCAAAGUGAUCGGGUAGCCCUCUCCUUUACUGAGGACCAAAACCUCUGCUCUGACUGUGUGCUUUGCACCGAGUGCCCAGAAAGACUUGCAUCAUUAGCCUUUACAGUACCCACAUGUUUUGUUUUGUUUUCAAACAGAAAUGUUCAAUUUUGUGCAAUGUAACGCCAUUACCCCCUCCCUCACUUCUCCCUGACCCCAGCUUAUGGAUUGUCUCCUGUUGGUAAUAAAUGUUU